CACCAAUUGAUCCUUGUGUGUAUGUUUUGCGCAGGAUAAAAUGGCGAUGAUGUAACUAACUAAUCGUUGAAAGGAUCUAGCCAAAUCGGGCAUGACGUCAAAGGGAGCUCUCUCCGGAAUAUUUGUGACAUCAAAGGAGCUGGCCUGAAAGAUGGAGAUGUAACGUCUUCCCUCCUCCGGAAAGAGACAGAGAGAGGGCAGAAAUGAAGAAUUCACCAGGCAGAGGAAGCCAGGGGAAAAUACAGGAUGCGGGGAGAUAGGCAACAGGAGUCACAGCAUCAGGCAGCAUGAUAACACCCGCCGUGGCGCCCUGCAAGCAGGGUCUCUGCCAAAAUUUCUUCCAUCUCCCCGUUUGAAAGAACAGCCUUGGGAGAGAGAGCUUGGUGUGGAGCCAACCAUUGCUGAGCUGAGGCUUGUCGCCCAACGCCUCUCGGCUCGUGUGGCCCGUUAGACUGGUGUUGCACGCUCGGGCAGAGAGAUGGGUUCAAGACACAAACAGCCAUGGUGGAUGAUGGCUAGGCCCCAGCACUAAAAAGGCUGGAACAAGUAUAAAGGAUGCCUUGGUUCCGCCGUUUCCUGUCGAAUACUUUUCGACUUUCUAUCAUUAUUCAUGCUGGCUGACAUUGUGGCGCGGCAUUUUUAUUAACUUCGCCAGUAACUUACCCCUUGUUCUGAAAAUUAUAUAUGAGGAAGCUGUCUUCUACGAUACAUACAUAUUAAGUGAUCUUAUUAAUCUUCCUGUCUCAAAGUCAAAAACUAGCAACCAUGUCCCGCCGCCCAAAUCACCUACUACCAAAAUGCGGGUGUUGGUAUUCGGCAUCCGGAACGCGCCAAUACAUCCCCCAAGUCGACCUCAAAGCACAUUCCACCAUACUGUCGACGUCUUCCAGGACAACCUUGACCCAGACUUUCAUUAAUCCCACAUCAGGAGAAUUAGGAGAUGUCAAGUAUACUUUCCCUUUGCACGAUGGCGUCAGCGUUGUGGGUUUUAAGUGUGAAAUUGACAAUCGAGUCAUCCAUGGGCUCGUGAAGGAACGGCAGGAGGCUAAGCUCGAAUACCAGGACGCUGUCAAAAAAGGCCAGGCCGCAGCCCUGUUGGAGCAGUCCGCCCUGGCGUCUGACACUUUCACCACUAGCAUAGGCAAAAUCCCCGUGGGUUCCAAAGCAGUUGUGCAGAUUACUUACCUGGGCGAGUUGCAGCAUGACUCUCAAGCGGAUGGUGUCCGUUUCAGUAUUCCAGCCAUCAUCUGCCCCCGCUAUGCAAAUUCUUCUGUAGACACUGGUGAAUUGAGCCAAUCCCUGGCCAGCUUUGUAAAGAAGGGUGCCAUCAAUAUCACGGUAGACGUUUCAGUGGACAGAGGAUCCACCAUCCGCGGCCUGCAUUCUCCAACUCACCCCGUUGCAAUCACGCUGGGCCGGACAUCAGUUGCUGCCCAAGACUUGUUUGAACCAAAUCUCGCUUCUGCGGCACACACUAUGCAGCAAGGAAAUGCAUUUUUCGAUACGGACUUUGUGUUGAUCGUCAAUGCAAAAGAUCAGGAUGUACCAAGCGCAUUUGUGGAGAAACACCCGACUAUUCCCAACCAGCGAGCUGUGAUGGCAACACUCGUUCCCAAGUUCAACAUCCCGAAUAAUAACCCGGAAAUCGUUUUCAUCAUUGAUCGAAGUGGGAGUAUGACAGGAAAUAUUAAGACCCUUCAAUCAGCAUUGAGAGUUUUCCUCAAAUCCCUUCCAGUCGGUGUCAAGUUUAAUAUUUGCUCUUUUGGCUCGCGCCAUUCCUUCAUGUGGAACAAAAGUAAAACAUACGAUGCUUCCUCCCUAAAGGCGGCCCUUCAGUACGUGGAUUCGAUAGCUGCGGAUUUCGGAGGGACAGAGAUGCUCGAGCCUGUGAAGGCUACGGUGAAAAAUCGUCUCAAGGACCUGGAUUUGGAUGUUCUGUUACUCUCGGACGGUGAAAUUUGGGACCAGAAAACGCUCUUUGCCUACCUUAACGAAGUGGUGUCUGAGCAGCCCAUUCGACUGUUCAGCUUGGGUAUCGGCAGUGGCGCAUCCCAAUCCCUUAUCGAGGGCAUUGCAAGAGCUGGUGAUGGCUUCGCACAGUUCGUUGGCGAUAACGAACAACUGGACAAAAAGGUUGUCCGCAUGUUGAAGGGAGCCUUGACGCCUCAUAUUAAGGAUUAUACUGCUGAAAUUGUUUAUGAGAAUGAUGGGGAAGAGGAUUUCGAGCUUAUCGAGAAACCAAACGCAAUUCCCACCGGAGAGAACUUUGGUCGUCCCGCAGAGCGUUCAGCCGAACCCAUAGAGGUGGACGCACAGAAAGAAACCCCACAAUCGAAGGAACCGAUCUCGCUGUUCGACCCUUCCUAUCAGGAGCCUGACAUCAAAUCCAUCACUGUCCCCCUUGACGCUAAUCUCCCUAAACUACAGCCUCCCAAGGUUCUCCAGGCGCCUUACAAAAUACCUACGCUCUACCCAUUUACGAGGACCACUGUUUAUUUCCUUCUGUCUCCGGACGCUCCUAGUGCAGCCCUCAAAUCACUCGUUCUCAGGGCCACUUCGAAACACGGCCCUUUGAUGUUGAAAAUUCCGCUAGAGGAUAUUGGCCAAGGCACAAAGCUUCAUCAACUGGCUGCGCGGAAAGUGACACUUGAACUAGAAGAAGGCCGAGGGUGGAUAUACCAUACGAAGAAUGAGAAGGGGCAGCUAAUUGUCAACGAGCAUGAAAGCAAAAAGGAGGAUAUUGUGAAGCGCGAAGCUGUUCGACUCGGGAUUCAGUUUCAAGUGGCUGGGAAAUAUUGCUCCUUUGUCGCUGUGGAGUCAACCACGGAUGGGGGCAAGGCGGACAAGAAGGCAGAAGCAGGACUGCCAGGUAUUCGCAAUCAUCCUAUUUCUGAAACUGCUGGCGACCGGGAUCAUACAGACGAUGAGGAGUCGUUUGACGGCGAUACAGGUUUUGUCAUGGAUUAUGACCAGGAGGAGUACACAGAGGAGCUUUGUACUAUGCCUCGUUAUUCCACUAUGUCUGGUAAGGCUUCGCCCAGUCCACGAGGUUCUUUCUCUAAUUAUUCACCCCCACUUCUGUCCCAUCCUGCUGCUCCUCCGCCUUCCCCUAACCCGACAUCCUUAUUUGCUUCGCCUUCUCUAAAUCCAUCAGCUUCAAAUACCACCGCACUUUUUGGCUCAGCUCCAGCAUAUAACCUUCCGGGUUCAAGCGUUGGCGGACCUACAGCCUUUGGAGGUUUUGGAUCUACUUUCUCAACAUCUAGCUCCACUAUAACCCAAUUGCCCUUUGCUGCACCAUCUCAACCUCCCCCUCACUCUCCAUUUGGCUCAGUUCUAACAAACAACACGCCAGAUUCACCUUUGGGAGAACCCUUAGCUUCUGGUGGUUUCGGGUCUCCUUUCUCUACAUCUAGCUCUUCCCAUACACAAUCACGUUUUGCCGCCCCUCCUCAAUCUGCCUCUACGCGUUUAUUUGGAUCAGCUCCUCCGCCUCCAGGGCAAGCAACCAGCUCACCUUUCGGCCCACCAGCCGUGUCAACCUCAUCCGGUAUUGAUAUUCCACUCAAACGUGGCGAGCGACUGGACGGCAUAGUGAGCAAAAGUGACGAUUUGGCCAAGUCAGCAAACGUUUUCGCCAGGAAAAGAUCCAGCGUGGUACCAUCAGCGAAACAAAAGCUGGCAAGAUUCUUUAAGUCAGAGUCCGAACCUAAAGAGUCAAAGUCGCCGCAGGAUAAGGUCCACGCCUUGAUAUCGCAUCAGUCCUUCGAGGGAUCAUGGAUGUGGGAAGACAAUGUAUUUGCGAUCAUGGAUCUCAACGCGUCGGAAGCCGAAAAGAAACUAGAUUGGGCAGCCAUAUUGGGAAAACAAUCUGGAGUCGGCAGCAAGGAUACAAAGCAGAGAUCUAUUGUUGCGACACUUGUUGUCUUAGCGUAUUUGAAGAAGAAGUGUCUGGACGAGAAGGAUACCUGGGAACUUGUCGGGGACAAGGCCAUGGGCUGGGCUGUUGAGAGGAUCAAGGAGAUUGGAGGCAAUGCAGGCCAGGGGUCUGAUGAGCUUUUGAGACUGUUUGAUGGUCUAUUUUGAGGGAAGGAUUUUUUUUACUGAUGGUUCUUUCAAUCUGGACACUAUUUUCUUCGCUCACUGAUAAUCAUGAGUGCUUCUAUACUUAUAUAUGCAUAGGGCGAUAAUAAUUUGUUGAUACGUCGAGCAAGGCCCCUUAAUUGAGAGAGAGCUGGCUUUCCUGGUAAUUUGAUAUUGGGCGGAAUGCCUGGGCGCGGAAGUCACAGCCAGCGCUGAACGUUUUGGAUGUUAUCACGUAAUUUAAUAUACUACAGGCCAACAGCAUUUAUCACAGGUAGUUAGCUAGCUUAAGUCAAGUUUGCCUUGCCAUUGGAAACCCUUGGAAAUGCUCUGUUUCGCGUCAUAUUGCGAGGAUGUACUGCUGCUAUUUUCAGAAACGGUGCUGGAGCAUCUUUGUUUCUUCUCAAGCUCAACCAUGGGUAUCCCUUGAACGGGGGGGAGAGUCGGCAGAACCCCGGAGAGCUCAAGUAGCUUUCACGGAAUACCAGAGAUGGAUUGCCCUCAUCCUAGAUACUAGGGAGGUUGAUCCAGGAGGGAAACUGAGGGGGAAUUUCCGUGGGUUGAGUUGUUUGGUUUAUGAAAUUUACCAAUAUGGUGAGGUGUUCUUCUUGCUUGAGUUGAUUAAUGUAAUGUGUAUAUGUAUGUACAUGUACCUUGCUGGUAGUCAAACUUUUAGUAGUUAUACUGGCGGUGUAGAAGGAUUGGGUAGCUAGCCAAUUGCGCAAUUGGGACCGCAUAUUUCAUGGAGAAGGAUGGGCUGAGGCUAACUAUACUCAAG